UACCAAUACAGCACCGAGAGUUUGGCAGUUCUCUGGGUCGAUUUAUACAUUUCAUAUCGAUGCAACUGCGGAAACAGUGAUGCAUCGAUGUUUCAGUAUGAGUGGCUUUUGAGAGUUAGCAAUACGACCUACUUUCCAUUAGGUGGAGCCCGAAACCGAGAUCGGCUGUUAUAAAAAUCAAACGCACCAACCCGGAAUUUUUCCGCCUUGUUACUUUCAUGAAAGUCGCGAACCGUCCAGUAAACCGCGCCCGGAUAGGCCAUGAGAGCGACCAACCAGGCGCUUCAACAAAGACAAUGUAACGAAGCAAAGGGGAAGGACCGCCUCCGAGUUUCUCUUUCCAAGAAAAAACGGAGGGGAUAUGAAAAAGUCAAAUUAAAGUGGAAUUAAAGAAUGUCUCCUUCUCACAAGCUUGUUGGUAAACUGCCAGAGACGUCCGCCAGGGUUAGAAGCCUGUUUUUGUGGAUUUGUGCGUUUUUCUGAAGGGUUUCAAAACUUGUCUGCUAGCGGAGAGCCAGCGAGAAAUUGUGAGCUUGUGCGAGACCUGACGGAGUCUUCUUACUGAGAAGGGACAACAAAUCCCGAAGCCAUCAAACUCAAGGAAUGGCUCGCGGGCUCCGGGGGUCCGCCGCGUCGACGUCCGAGGCCCGGUCCCAGAGAGGCGGAGCCGAGAGCUGAAAGGCGGGGGCGCGCGAGCCGUCGGCGUGGCGAUGCGUCAGGGGCGGCCCCCGCACGCGAAGUGAAAGCAGCCGCCGCCGCCGCCGCCGUCGUCACCGCGUCACCAUGGGCGUCAGCGCCUCCGGCUACCCGAGCUCCUGCUCCCCUCGCUUCGGGGGGAGUUCCCAAUCGCAGCACACCCUCAUAGGGACGGCUCCCUACGGCCAGCAAGGCUACGGGUGCGAGCCCAAACUCUACAGCCCGGAGCCCCAGGGGCCCGACCGGCCCGCGGAGCGGAGGAAGAAGAGCUCGGGCCUGGCCACGCUCCGGAGGAGGUUCGUCAGGCGGCGCAAGGCCGGCCGCUCCGCCGACCACGGCCGGCAGAUGCGGGAGCUCCUGUCGGGCUGGGAGGUGCGCGACGUCGCCGCCCUGGUGGAGGAGUACGAGGGCACGGCCGCCCUCAAGGAGCUGAGCCUCCGGGCGGACCUGGCCCGGCCCGAGGCGCGGGGCCUGCGCCGCGACCUGGCCGCCCUCUACGAGCGCCGCCACUGCGCCGACGUGGACCUGGUGUUCCGGGGGGCGCGCUUCCCCGCGCACCGCGCCAUCCUGGCCGCCCGCUGCCCGCUCUUCCGGAAGCUCCUGCCCCCCUCCCCGUCCCCCGAGCGCGACGGCCCGGUCCCGGUGGACGCGGCGCUGGGCGGCGUGGACGCGCCCACCUUCCAGGCGCUGCUCCGCUACCUGUACACGGGCGAGCUGGGCGGCGGCGGCGGCGGCGGCGGCGGCGACGCCCGAGCCAGGAGCGCCGACGUCCUGCUGAGGCUGAGCGAGGAGUUCGGCGCGCCCAGCCCGCUGGAGGCGGACAUGCGCGGGCUGUGCGACCGCAUGUGCUACUACGACUCGCUCCUCAGCUUCUCCGCCGAGGCGGGGCCGGGCGAGGGCGAGGGGGCGGCGGCGGCGGCGGCGGGGGGCGCUGGAGGAGGGGGGGAGGAGCUCCGGGCCCACAAGGCCCUGCUCUCGGCCCGCUCGCCCUUCUUCCGGAACCUCCUGCAGCGGCGCACGCGCUCCGGGGAGGAGGCGGGCGACCGGGCCCCGCCGGGCCCCGCCCGCAUCGUGCUGGACGAGUCCAUCAUACCCAAGAAGUACGCGCGGGUGAUCCUGCACUGCAUGUACACGGACGCGGUGGACCUCUCCCUGGUGCUGCGCAGCAGCCCCUCGGCCGGGAGCCUGGGGGAGGUGCAGGCCCUGGUGGCCGGCCGGGGGGGCAUGACCCGGACCGAGGAGGCCAUGGAGCUCUACCACAUCGCCCUCUUCCUGGAGUUCAGCAUGCUGGCCCAAGGGUGCGAGGACAUCGUGGCGGAGAGCAUCUCGCUGGACUCCAUAGUGGCCAUCCUGAGGUGGAGCUCCCAGCCCUACGGCUCCAAGUGGGUGCACCGGCAGGCCCUGCACUUCCUGUGCGAGGAGUUCAGCCAGGUGAUGGCCUCGGACACCCUGUACGAGCUGGCCCAGGAGCACCUGCUGGACGCCAUCCAGUCCGACUAUCUGCAGGCCAGCGAGCAGGACGUCCUCAAGUACGUGGUGAAGUGGGGAGAGCACCAGCUGAUCAGGAGAAUGGCAGACAGAGAGCCCAACCUGCUGAGCGGCACGGCCCACAGUGUGAAUAAGCGCGGGGUGAAGAGGAGGGACCUGGACCUGGAGGAGCUGAAGGAGAUCCUGUCCCCGCUGCUGCCCUGCAUCCGCGUGGACCACAUCCUGCCCGCACACAGCGAGGUCCUCUCGGACGCGCUGAAGAGGGGUCUGGUCAGCACCCCUCCCUCGGACAUGCUGCCCACGGCCGAGGGGGGCAGGGCCAACGCCUGGCUGCGGCUGAAGAGUGGCGGCAUCUACCUGAGGCCCCGCCUCUUCUCCCCCUACGUGGAGGAGGCCAAGGCUGCGCUGGACGAGCUGAUGGUGGAGCAGACGGACCUGGUGCGUCUGCGCAUGGUGCGCAUGUCCAACGUGCCCGACACCCUCUACAUGGUCAACAACGCCGCCCCCCAGUGCUGUCACAUGAUCAACCACCAGCAAACCCCGGGCGGCCAGACCGUAGCCCCGCCCUCCGUGGUGGCCAAUGAGAUACCAGUGCCCCGGCUGGCGGUGGUGAAGCAGAUGACGUCGCGCCUGCAGGAGCUGCGUCGCGCGGAGCCGGCUCAGCGGGCGUACGCCCUCAACUGCGGCGAGGGGGCGAGCGUCAGCCGCGCCCUGCAGCUGCGCGUGCUGCGCGAGUUCGGCCUGCCCGACGGGGCGGCCGAGCUGCUGCAGAACCCGCACAAGUUUUUCCCGGAGGAGUGCUUCGGGGACGAGAGCCCGGUCCUGGCCCUCCGCCCGCUCCCCGGGGCGACGGGCGCGGACGGGCCGCCCGGCUUCCGCCCCCCUUUGCCCCCUCCGCCGCCGCCCUACCACCCCCCCGCCGCGCCCGGCCACGCGCAGCUGGCGGCCUGGAGGACCCGCGCCCGCGCCCACCCCCACCCCCAGCCCCCGCCCCCGCCCCCGUCCCGCUCCUUCUCGUACCCCUGCAGCCGAGCCGCCCCCCUUCCCUGGCGCCCCGCCCCCAAACAGGGAGGCCCCGCCCACCCGCCCAACUGCGCCGACCUGCUGGGCCCGGCCCACCCCUCGUACCCUGGCCAGCAGGGGCUGAACCACGCGGAGCCGGCGGUCAACGAGCUGAUGCCGGACGUGGCGGCGGGCGUGGCGUCCCUGAGCCUGAGGGGCCCCCAGGGGGGGCCGGACUGCGAGGGCCACGACCCGCCCCCCCACGUCUCCUCCGCCGCGCCUCACCACCCCCCCGGGUUCUGCCACGCCGGCCGGCACGGCGCCGCCCCCCACAAGAAGCACGGCGCCGACGCCGAGGGCCGGGCGGGGCACCCCGACCUGUACGCGCCCCCGCCCCGCCACGCCCCCCACCCGCAAGCCCGCUACGUCGCGGGGCCCGACCUCUACGUCCACGCCCGCCCCGCCCCGGACCAGCACCCGCACCCGCACCGCCUCAGGCUCCCCCCGCGCCCGGACCUGGCCCCCCCCGGGGACCCCCAGCCCCCCCCCGCCAGGGGGCGGUCCCAGACGGAGCCGGACGCGGCGCGCGCGUCGGGCCAGGCGCGACCCCCGGCCGUCGCCGCGGAGACGCAGAGGCCGGGGGCCCCCGAGGGGCCGGGGGGCUGCGUGGACGAUACCGCGGCCGGCAGAGACCGCAGGUCCCCGGGCAAACCCGAGUACCCUUACAGGAAGUCUGCACUUUAACCGCAGAGAGAGAGAGAGAGAGAGAGAGAGAUGCAGGAAGCAGCUCAGGGUAAACGAAGAGGAUGUGGGCCCAGGCCUUGUCGGCCACCUAGUGGCCGAGAGACGGUAUCGCCGGGCGCGAACGCACCGCUCGCUCACGAGAGCGCCAACUUUAGCCCCCCGUCCCGCCAGCGGGAAGCUGCGCCGUGCGCUCGUCCGCGGCGCCGUAGCGACGGGGCUAGCGUGGCUGAGAGCCGCGCCGCUGACUACGGCGGCGCACACUAUCACCAGAGAGGAGAGGCUCUUCCCAGUCUCAGCCACACCUCCCCGCUCGCUCGCCAGCGGAGCCAGAGAGUCGGUCUCUCCCUUGAUCGGACCAUCGACCUUCUACACGGACCCUUCCCUUCCCUCAGUCCUCUCCAAGUCCCGCACCGUCCCCUGCCUUCCGCGGUUUUAAGUCGCCUCCGUAGCCCGUAAACAGGAAGUCGCGCCAGUGAGACGUGGAGCUUCUCGGCGGCGUGCGGUCUUACCGAGCCGACUGCCGGCGUGACUGACCGACGCGGCGUCGUGUCGCACGGGGGAUGUUUACCCCGGAGCAUCGCGGCUCACGGCUACGCAUCGACCGCCCGGAUUAUUAGCAUAGGCUAAUCGUCGGUCAGCGAGCUAAUAGCCGGCGGAUUUAAUGGACCCCGAUUUAAUAGCCUCCAUUUAUCAUCGCUAGGUUAUGACUGAGCAGCGACUGCGGGGCCACGUUGUCGAUUAUAUUGCGGCCAGUCCUCCUUCCUUAGGAAUAAAUCUGCUUUGUGGCUCUUUGUCCUGCUGGCGUUUUUUAUGUUAAAUGGCCUGUAGCGACUGAGCUCCUGAGGGUAUGUGGGUUGGCCACCGGGUGGUUCCCUGGCCCGGGUCGCGCUGUUGUCGGUACCAGUGCGUGUCACUUCCUGUUCCCCGAGUCCUCCUGAGCCCUAUACUUAGCCCACGUUUUUCUGCGUUCCUCUGGUAAACACAGUUAGGGGGGGGGGAUGCUAACGUUUAUAGCAAAGCUAGCAGAAGGCCACACGUGAAUAAAUAAAAACUAUUAACAAAUGAAAUUAAUCGAUUAAUGGCCGAAUCGGAGAACUAGGGGUAGUCGAGCGGCCUCUGCGAGCGGCACAGGGAAGGACGGGCUUCCCAGUGUUUCGUACGUCUUUCCCAGCUCAUUUUAACUCGUGGGAGUACCAAGUUGCCGGUUUAGGUGUCGUGUAAUUUUAGUUUUUUGAGUUUCCCCCGUCUGCGACGCCACGGGACGGCGUGCCGAACAUCGGGCUCAAGGCCCCUCCGGUUUUCCGUUUCCUCCGCCGCUCGUCUCCCGGCCGCUCUCCGCGUCGGAAGGCGCCCGCGGUAUCAGCGUCAGCGUUUUUCUUUUCGAGUACCGUUCGCACGCGCGCGCGCGCCCCUCCUCCCCCCCGACUCAUAACGUCUCCACGGAUACAGCGGAGCGCUUCCGUUUUGCAGGGCGAAGCCGUUAUUUACUACGAUAAGCAUUCCGUUUAUUUUAUUAAUUUUUUUUUAUUUGAUCAGUGCAUUUCUUCGGACAUUUCGCCUGCGGUUUUUUUACCACGCAGAAGUCGCGGCCUGUGAGCUGUUGGGUACAGAGUCGCGCGUGUGGUAUAUGUGUCGUAUAGUGCAGCCCGCCUCGGUCGUACCGCGUCGUCCUCGAAGCAAGGGCGCGGCGUUCCGUUUUAUUGGUUCCCGCUUAUGGGAGGCAUCGGAGAAGCGUCCGUUCUGUUUCGCGGCUGGGCCAGACCGUAGUAGUUUUGGGGUGGGGGUGGGGGGGGGGGGGAGUCAUAUGAUCUUGGCUCUCCAUGUGGGAUUUGCGAUGUCGCCAGGGGCAACCGGGCAAAGGCAGCGGAAACUGUACUUCCUUGUUCCAGAAAGGACAUUGACAUUGACAUAAGUGCAGUAUUGGGUCAUCAGUCAGAAAAGGGCACAUGAGUACACUCAAGAAGUACAGGAGGCUGCCUUGGCCGGGUGUUCGAGUGCAUGUGAAGAGCAUUCUAGAAGAGCAAGACGUCCCAGUAUUUAUUGCCCAUCACAUUUCCAGACUGGCGAAUGUUGAAUUAGCCUCAUAGUGUUUUUGGUAUCAAACCAGUUUGGGACCAGCUCCUGGUCAAGUGUUGUUAAACAUAAUUUAAUCUCUUAUGGGCUGGCCGCCCUUCCUCUCCUGUAUCCAAAUUUCACACUAAAUCUGCUUCAUCUCACUUUCUUUCUCACAUCCCGGCACCUCAACAGCUCCACCUUGUGGUUGUACUGUGAUACAGCAAGGCCUCUGUUCUCAAAAGGUUCUACCUCUUUCCCACCCGCUUAAUUUCUUAAACUUACGCCAUCAGUACUUUACCAGUGUUGUCAGCAAUUGUUCUGUUUCAUAUGCAAAUGCCACACUACCUGUAUCAUUAUGAUGUAAAGGGAUGCAAUUUUUCAGAACUGUACCAGCAUUUGACAUCCAGCAACCAAUGAGGACUAUAAACCGUGGUUCUGCACAGCCAGAAGCUGAUAGUUCUGCUCCAACUCAAAUUUGUCAUAAUAAUAAUAAUAAUAAUAAUUUUAUUUAUAUACCUUCCUCUCCAAAUCCCAAGGGCACUACCAAUCCAAAGGAAAGCAUCUACAUAGGCAAAGACAACAUCCUGAGAAAUAAGAUAUUGGACAGGCAUCAACAUAUGUCAAUAAGAUGUACAUCUUAAAUGUGCCCGCACAAGCAUUCCAUCCAGAACCGACUGCUGCUACGCACACGCUCCCAGCGCGGCUGAGUCCCCCCGCUUGCAGACAACCCUUCAUGUUCCACAGUGACCUUCAAGUGCAGGACCCAGGCCGAGACCCUCCAUCCUCGUCACCAGGGUCCUGUCCUGGACAGCAGGGCUGCCCCAAAAUGAACCGUCCCAGGUUAUGUUCGGUGGUGCGUGGGCAGAGGGAACCCAAAAUAGAUCCAGUUCCAGACAGAGGCAAGACACAGACUAGCCCGCCCACCCCCCCCCCCCACACGCCAACACAAAAAAAACUGACCCACAUAAGAUGGGAUGCUGAUAUGUUCUGACAAACAGAACUCUUUUCCUUCACUCAACAUUAUCUGCAAAUGACAAGUGACAUACUAAUGGCAGUUUGUGGUAUGCAAGACCACUUAAGACCCAGGCUACACUACAGUCCACCAAAGUCCACACAACCUGCUGUGGACUCCUGGCCGCAGUCUGUAUUGGCAUGGCCAGUACUACAUCUGAACUCUAAUGGGCAUCGUCAGACAAAGAACAAAUGCCUCAACAGGAUGCACAGGCUGGAGGCUCCUGGCACGCACGGUUCACGAUCUCAACCAAUCUGAAAAUUCUACUGUGGAGAGAUGAGCUGUUUUAUUGGCUAAUUUGAGUUGGUGAUUGAAGGCAGACGAUGGCUUCACCCAUUAUAUGGUUCAUGAAAACCAUUAUUAAUGGAGACCACCUAGUCUUGCUGAAAUGCGAUAUCAGAACCAGUAAUGCAACAAUCAAAAAACUAGUGGGACUUAAUUGAAGCCUCCUAUUGGCCCGGCUUCUUCUGAAUAGAUAAUGAGUGAGUGUCACCUCCCCUUCUGUGUUACGCAUGAAACACGGCGCUGGUUCUGAGCAUACAAGCGUUCUCUCGCUCUUUUGAGUGACGGGAGAAAUUCCAGUUCUACGGUUGCCCUCCCACCGCGUUCAGCCACGGUCUUUUAUUUUAUUGUGUGGGGUCAAGAGAAGUCGUGUGCGGUCGUGUGAAAUUACACAGCGGUAAAGGCCAUUUCUAAUCACGCUGUCAGUGUUAAUUCCGUUCGGAAAGGCGGCGAAUCGAAACCUGAGAAGAAGAUCCUUCCUUCCUUCCUUGGAAAAGCGUGGGCACUUUUCUUUAGAGACCAGUUGAUUGUUACAGAUCUUAGAUGUUUAUUUUAUUACGGCUCGCUGUGCUGCGCCGGCACAGACGUCCUCAUUUCCAUACUGCUUUUCCGUAUUUCUUCUGACUUGCCUUCGACGGCAGUGCAUGUGUUCAGUAUUUUCAUGGAGACGUGUAGCUAACACUUUGUUUGUAAACCCCCAAAGGGUUACACUGAAAUGCUGGUAGAGCAUUAACUUUAAUCAUCCAUAGAGGGUUGACAUGGCUGUGCGUAUACUGUAUUUUGUGGGGGGCUUUCCUGAAGUCGUUCGCUAUGGUUAUUCGGGCCUUGGACCUGGUGGAGUGCUUUCGUUCCUCUUCGGAAAUUGAACCUUCAGAUGCAACCGAUCCACCUCCUCAGGCCACCCUCGAUAUGGCUGCCAGCCCAUUUAUAGACACUUCCUACUCCUGACCCUGUUAAGAAGGUUCCUGGUUGAAAUCAACAGUAUAUCCCCAUCAUUAAUGCAAGGCAGAAACACAGCAGGGUUUCCAUGUACAGCAUCUGAACCCAGUUUUUUUUUUUUAAAUGGUGUGAGCACCCCACUGUUCUGGCUUGUACAGAUCUCCCAGCAUUUCCCAGUAUUGCUCAAAAUUUCUUAUGCCUUUUGGUCAUGGUCCACAAAUGGUACACAUACAUGGCAGCCAUUUUGUGUCUGGGGAAUAUACAGUGCUGUAAUCAUAUGCUGUGCAUUUCUCCAGUUUUGUUUUUGAUGUACUUUUGGAUCCCACAGAUAUGUUCACAGUAAAGCUGAUCCUGAACGCCAGGUCAGAAUUGGCCUGUGCUGGCACACGGGAGUGACUGCCAUAUUGUAUAAGGCACAGGUGUCAAACUCCUGUCCUGGAGGGCAGUAGAGUCUGCUGGUUCUCAGGGUGUUCUCGGCACCAGUGCUUCAUUGAAAUUAUUGAUUGGCUAAAGAAUCCACACACCUUGUUCGCAAGGCCUUAAUUGGCGGCCAAAGGGAAACCACAAAAUCCGUAGACACUGCGGCCCCCUUGGAAUUUUGUCUGCCUGCAUUUUGAUGAGUUGAGCCAUUUUAAAUACUACAUGACCAAAAGUAUCUGGACACCCCUUGGUCUGGGGCUGUUUUUUGCUUGGCUUCUUAGUUCCAGUGAAGGCAAAUCUUAACGCUACAGCCUACAUUCACAUGCUAGACGAUUCUUUGCUUCCCCAACAGUUGGUGGAUGACUCUUUCCUGUUUCAGUAUAACAGUGCCCAUGGGCACACAGUGCAGUCCUUAUAGAAAUGGUUUUGUCAAGAACGGUGCGGAUGAACAGCACAGAGCCCUGACCUCAACCCCAGUCCCAUGUCAGGUGUCCAUAUACUUUUGGCCAUGUAGUGUAUUUCAAAUCUGUCCCUGACAUUACCUUCGUAUUACAGCACAUGCAUCCUUGAAGUGACAUUUGUGUAAGGAAAAAAAAAGAAGUGCUUUGACAGCCAUUUUGCGUAAAAAUGAAUUCCCGAUACCCAGCGUACAUUCGGGUUUGGAAGCCGAGCGUUAUCGUUUCUCAUCUCCUCCGCGGAAACACGCCCGUGCCUUCGCUGCUAUCGGCCGGCCAUUUUGUUUUUCCAGAAAUGGACUUCCUUCCUAUGCAAACAUUUUCUACCAACCCGCAUAAACCAGUCCUUUGUUUAAAAAAAAAAAGAAGAAAAAAAAACUGCUUUGUGUACAUUUUUUUGAAAGAUAAUAUUUUUCCAUUUUUAGCUACCUGAAAAGAAACCUCCAGGUAUUUGUGGAAACGGUUUGUUAAAUAUCUCGAAAAACGUGUAACAGAUGUGAUUUGUACUUGCUGUAUAUAAUGAGGUCAGAAGCCCUUUUUCUCGUAGACUCUGUGCAAAGUUUUCUCUAGCUCUAUUUUUCUACUGUUAUCUCAGUGGGGAGCGUGGUACAGCGAUGGCACCUGUCGGCAAAAUAAACUGUUUUAACAGAC